UUAGCCACGAAGUCUUCACCUUGCAUCAGCCACGAAGUCUACACCUUGAAGCAUCAGCCACGAAGUCUACACCUUGGAGAGGAUGGCCAUGGAAACCGAACGGCAGAUACCAUGAUAGCUUCCAUAAGCAUCGACGUUUAAGUUGCCCUGUUCCUGCUAAACUCAGAUCGCAUUCAGAAAGCCAUCGAGGUAUCCAGCGAGCGCUUCUCAUCAUAACUGAAAUGGGUGACAGAAAAGGAAGAGCAUCAUUUUAUGGAAUCCUAAGUGAUUUGUUUGCGUCUCUCGGGCAGUACGAGAAGGCUGAAGAUUAUCUCAAUAAAGCGCUUGCCAUCAGAAUUGAUAUUGGCGACAGAAAAGGAGAGGCAGCUGACUACAGAAACCUAAGUAUUGUAUUUCAGUCGCUUGGGCAAUAUGACAAGGCUGAAGUGUAUCUCCAAAAAGCGCUUGCCAUCAGUACUGAUAUUGGCGACCGAAAUGGAGAGGCAGCUAACUAUAGAAGCCUUGGUACUGUGUUUCAGUCGCUCGGACAAUACGGCAAGGCUAAAGAGUAUAUCCAAAGAGCGCUUGCCAUCAGUACUGAGACUGGCGACAGAGGAAGAGAGGCAGCUGACAACAGAAACCUAGGUACCGUGUUUCAGUCGCUUGGGCAAUAUAAUAAGGCUGAAGAGUAUCUCCAAAAAGCGCUUGCCAUCAGUACUGAUAUUGGCGACCGAAAUGGAGAGGCAGCUGACUAUAGAAGCCUUGGUACUGUGUUUCAGUCGCUCGGACAAUACGGCAAGGCUAAAGAGUAUCUCCAAAAAGCGCUUGCCAUCAGUACUGAGACUGGCGACAGAGGAAGAGAGGCAGCUGACAACAGAAACCUAGGUACCGUGUUUCAGUCGCUUGGGAAACAUAAUAAGGCUGAAGAGUAUCUCCAAAAAGCGCUUGCCAUCAGUACUGAUAUUGGCGACCGAAAUGGAGAGGCAGCUGACUAUAGAAGCCUUGGUACUGUGUUUCAGUCGCUCGGACAAUACGGCAAGGCUAAAGAGUAUCUCCAAAAAGCGCUUGCCAUCAGUACUGAGACUGGCCACAGAGGAAGAGAGGCAGCUGACAACAGAAACCUAGGUACCGUGUUUCAGUCGCUUGGGCAAUAUAAUAAGGCUGAAGAGUAUCUCCAAAAAGCGCUUGCCAUCAGUACUGAUAUUGGCGACCGAAAUGGAGAGGUAGCUGCCUACAGAAGCCUUGGUACUGUGUUUCAGUCGCUCGGACAAUACGGCAAGGCUAAAGAGUAUCUCCAAAAAGCGCUUGCCAUCAGUACUGAGACUGGCGACAGAGGAAGAGAGGCAGCUGACAACAGAAACCUAGGUACCGUGUUUCAGUCGCUUGGGCAAUAUAAUAAGGCUGAAGAGUAUCUCCAAAAAGCGCUUGCCAUCAGUACUGAUAUUGGCGACCGAAAUGGAGAGGCAGCUGACUACAGACGCCUUGGUAAUGUGUUUAUGUCUCUCAAGCAGUAUGAUAAGGCUGAAGAGUAUUACCAAAAAGCGCUUAUCGUCGUAACUGAAAUGGGUGAAAGAAAAGCAGAAGCAUCAUGUUGUGGAAUCCUAAGUAAUGUGUGUCUGUUUCUCGGGCAGUACGAGAAGGCUAGUGAUUAUCUCCAAAGAGCGCUUCUCAUCACAACUGAAAUAGGAGACAGAAAAGGAGAAACAUUAUGUUAUGGAAACCUUGGUAAUGUGUUUGACCAUCUCGGGCAGUACGAGAAGGCUGAAGAUUAUCUCAAUAGAGCGCUUGCCAUCAGAAUUGAUAUUGGCGACAGAAAAGGAGAGGCAGCUGAAUACAGAAACCUAAGUAUUGUAUUUCAGUCGCUUGGGCAAUAUGACAAGGCUGAAGAGUAUCUCCAAAAAGCGCUUGCCAUCAGUACUGAUAUUGGCGACCGAAAUGGAGAGGCAGCUGCCUACAGAGGCCUUGGUACUGUGUUUCAGUCGCUCGGACAAUACGGCAAGGCUAAAGAGUAUAUCCAAAAAGCGCUUGCCAUCAGUACUGAGACUGGCGACAGAGGAAGAGAGGCAGCUGACAACAGAAACCUAGGUACCGUGUUUCAAUCGCUUGGGCAAUAUAAUAAGGCUGAAGAGUAUCUCCAAAAAGCGCUUGCCAUCAGUACUGAUAUUGGCGACCGAAAUGGAGAGGCAGCUGACUACAGACGCCUUGGUAAUGUGUUUAUGUCUCUCAAGCAGUACGAUAAGGCUGAAGAGUAUUACCAAAAAGCGCUCAUCGUCGUAACUGAAAUGGGUGAAAGAAAAGCAGAAGCAUCAUGUUGUGGAAUCCUAAGUAAUGUGUGUCUGUUUCUCGGGCAGUACGAGAAGGCUAAUGAUUAUCUCCAAAGAGCGCUUCUCAUCACAACUGAAAUAGGAGACAGAAAAGGAGAAACAUUAUGUUAUGGAAACCUUGGUAAUGUGUUUGACCAUCUCGGGCAGUACGAGAAGGCUAAAGAGUAUCUUGAAAGAGUGCUUGUCAACAGAAAUGAAAUUGGCAACAGAAAAAUGGAAGCAGUAUGCUAUAGACAACUUGGUACUGUGUCUCGGUCUCUCGAGCAAUUCGACAAGGCUAAAGAGUACCUCCAAAAAGCGCUUGCCGUCAGUACUGAGACUGGGGAUAGAGGAGAGGGAACCGACUAUAGAAACUUAGGUAUGGUGUUUCAUUUUCUUGGUCAAUACGGGGAGGCUGAAGAGUGUCUCCAAAGAGCGCUUGCCAUCAGCACUGAGAUUGGCGACAGAGGAGGAGAGGCAGCCGACAACAGAAACCUAAGCUGA